AUGGUAGAUAUCAUUGCUCUAAAGUUGGUUGCCUUUUCACCCUGCCAGUUAACAGAGCCACGGAGAAUAUCACAGCCUGAGAGUUCUUCAGAGCCUCAAUGGUUCCAUUCGCUCCAGAUUAAAAAAGGUACAAGCAUAAAGCAACGCCGUUUCAGCACCCCGUCCCAAGAGCAAGAUUUUCCUGAGAGAUUCCAGUGGCAAAGAAGGGCUCUCUCUUUUGGAAAUGCUGCAUCCUACUUGAAUCUUGAGAAGCUGAAUGAAGGUUCUUACUCUACUGUAUACAAGGGGAUCAGCAGGAUAUAUGGACAGCUGGUAGCUUUGAAAGUCAUCCGACUGAAGACUGAAGAAGGGGUGCCUUUUACAACCAUAAGAGAAGCUUCCCUCCUCAAGGGUCUAAAACAUGCCAAUAUUGUGCUGCUACAUGACAUUAUCCAGACGAAGGAGACCCUGACGUUGGUUUUGGAGUACGUGGACACAGACUUGGCUCAGUACAUGUCCCGGCAUCCAGGGGGGAUUCAUUUUCAUAAUGCCAUGCUCUUUAUGUUUCAACUUCUGAGAGCCCUGGCUUAUAUCCAUCAACACCACAUCCUUCACCGGGACCUGAAACCUCCAAACUUGCUCCUCAGUUGCCUUGGAGAGCUCAAGUUAGCGGACUUCGGUCUUGCUCGUGCCAAGUCCAUUCCUGGUCAGACCUACUCUGCUGAGGUGGUGACACUGGGCUAUCGGCCUCCCGAAGUGCUGAUGGGAGCCACUGAGUAUUCUUCCGAGGUGGAUAUCUGGGGUGCAGGCUGCAUAUUUGUUGAGAUGCUUCAGGGUCAGCCACUGUUUCCAGGGGUUCACAACACCUUUGAACAGCUGGAGAAAAUCUGGGAGGUACUGGGAGUCCCAACGGAGAAAACCUGGCCUGGAGUUUCGAAGCUUCGCCACUACAGGCCAGGGAGGUUCUUCACCAGUAGACCUCGAAAACUCAGAAUCAUCUGUGAAAGGCUGGAAAGGGAACCUGAAAUUGAAGAUUUGGUAGCAAGAAUGUUAAAAAUUUGUCCACGGGAGAGGAUCUCUGCACAAGAGGCCCUAGUUCAUCACUUCUUCCGUCCUUUGCCCUCUCAGCUAUACCAGCUUUCUGAUGCACAAUCUGUGUUUGCGGUUCCUGGUGUGAAGCUGAAGCCAGAAACAUGUGACCUGUUUGCUCCGUACCAGAAGGAUUGUCACCCAAUCAGCUCUAGCAAGUUUUGGUGAAAAGGAC